AUGCAUGACAGCCGCGAAGACUCGUCCGCCUUCUUGUCCCAAUUUGGCAUAGAAUUGGCUGGCGUGUUCGACUCGCAGGUAGCCCACACCAUGAUGCUGGAGCAGCAGGCACUGCGGCCGUUUCAGAUCUCUCUCAAUGAGCUUCUGAAAAUGGUGCUGAGACUGGAAAACGAGAAAGAAGCGUCCCUGGGACAGCGCAUGAAGAAGGAUCCCAAUGUUUGGUUUUACAGACCCAUGAGAGAGGACCUUCUCACCUAUGCAGCCCAGGAUGUGAUGUACCUACCCCUUCUGCAUCAACGGCUUUGUGAUCAGUUAGGUGAUCGCAGCGGAUGCCGUGUGAUGACAAGGAGCCGGGAGUAUGUGAACUAUGCGCGCAUGAACCUCCACUUGUCCUCACCAAAGGCAGCUGAGCGCCGAGGUCUCCGACUUCAGGCAAUGCUUGCAACUCAGACCGAGGCGGCAUUGUACUUCAAGUUGAACCUUGGAGCCCAUCGCCAAGGCGUUGUUAGCCGCGAAGAGGCACUGAAGAACUUCAAAGACAUGCAUUAUGGCGAGAUUGCUGAUUGUUGGGUGUCUGCCUGGAACACCGGUCGCAACAUUCUCUUCUUGGAGCGGUUUGAGGGCAGCUUUGCACCAGACCCAGACUUUACCACUGGCAGUGCUGGGCGCCGGCGCAAGCGGAGGCCUCAUGGCCCGACUGACUAA